AUACAACGUUGUUAUCGAUCAGACGUUAGAAACAUUGGGACAAACGACAAAAACAGAAGGAAAAAUGGAGUUUGUUUGAUUCUUUGUACGAAGUAGGGGAAAAGUUACUGAUAAGACGCUCUCGCGGAAGGUCAACAAGUCAGUUUUCUGUCGAGUCUCCAUCAAUAUGGCGGCCGUCGCUCAGAAGUUUUGUUCCCAAUACGGUCGGCUCUGUCAACGAAUUUCCACCAGGCAGAUUUCGAUUUCAUCUAUUCUCGGAGGAAAACCCACCUUCAAAUGGGAAGAUCCGUUCGAUAUCGAAUCGCAGCUGACGCAAGACGAGAUCUUGAUCAGAGAUCAGUUUCGUUCGUACUGCCAGGAGAGACUAUUGCCGCGAGUGAUCGAGGCGAAUCGCAAAGAGAUAUUUCACAAAGAGAUCAUGAGGGAACUGGGGCAGCUGGGCAUCCUGGGUUGCACUAUGAAGGGUUACGGUGCCCCUGGCGUGUCCUCGGUGGCAUAUGGACUCCUGGCGAAGGAAGUAGAAGCCGUGGACAGCGGGUACAGGUCUGCCUUCUCCGUGCAAUCCUCCCUCGUAGCUGGCGCCAUUUAUGCUCACGGCGACGAGUCGCAAAAGGAGCGAUUCUUGCCCAAACUCGUUUCCGGCGAGCUGAUCGGUUGCUUCGGACUGACGGAGCCGAACGCCGGCAGCGAUCCCGGAUCCAUGGAGACUAAAGCCACUUAUGACGAACGGAAAAAGAUUUACAGGCUGAACGGUAGCAAAACAUGGAUCACGAAUUCGCCGAUCGCCGACGUGCUGAUCGUCUGGGCGAAAUGCGAGGACGGGGAGAUCCGGGGGUUCAUCGUCGAAAGAAACGGCAACGAGAAUCGCUUGUCCACGCCUAAGAUCGAAGGCAAGUUCUCCUUGAGAGCUUCCACGACUGGUAUGAUUUUGAUGGACAACGUGGAAGUGCCGUCGGAGAACCUCUUACCGAAUGCUCGAGGUCUCAAAGGACCGUUCGUUUGUUUGAACAAUGCUCGAUACGGCAUCGCCUGGGGGGCUUUGGGAGCCGCGGAAAGCUGCUUCAAGAUAGCCAGAUCGUACACUUUGGAGAGGAAGCAAUUUAACAGGCCACUCGCGGCGAACCAAUUGAUGCAGCUCAAGAUGGCCGACAUGAUGUGCGACAUCUCGAUCGGGCUACAGGCUUGCCUGAGGGUCGGCAGACUUAAAGAUGAGGACAAAGCCACGCCAGAAAUGAUCUCCAUAAUAAAGAGGAAUUCGUCCACGAAAGCUUUGGAAAUCGCGAGAAGCGCCAGGGACAUGUUGGGUGGUAACGGAGUAGCGGACGAAUACCACGUUAUCAGACACGCUAUGAACUUGGAGAGCGUCGUUACCUACGAAGGUACGAAGGAUAUUCAUGCCCUGAUACUCGGCAGAGCCAUUACCGGCAUACAAGCUUUUAGUACAUAAACGCUAAACGGAGAGCUUGUUUUGUAUAGUUAUUUAUACGCACACGUACAUGUAUAUGUGCCAAACGCAAUUUAUUUUAUACGGAUCUUUGUAGGAAUUAAAUAUAUUUCUAUACCUUAUCGUUUGUUAUUCUGUGCUCUCCACCAGCGAAGAGCAAUAAUUUAUUUUCUCCUUUCGAUUCGUAACUAUUCGAAUGAUUUUCAAUCGUCGAAAGUAAAAUAUAAAAGUUGCUUCA